AGUCAGUCUUUCAUUUUUUCUCUCUUAUUUUUUUAUUUUAAGUGUUAAAAGAACAUUGCCUUCCCAAGUCAGUCUCUCUUUGCUUUUCUCUUCGUCUCCAAAACCCACCAAACCAAACCCAACCCCUCUUCCUUUCCUUCCAUAUUUCAAUACAAAACAUUUCACUACUCAUUCUGACUCUCUUCCCACAACAAGGGCACCAUGGGUUCUCCCAUCUAUGGUGUCUCCUUCUUCUUCUUCCUUCUUCUCUCUUUACUUUCCACUCCCUCUUCUGCAUUGCCACGUAACCCAUCUUCCAAACCUUCUUCCUCUUCCUCUUCUUCUUCUUCCUCUUCUGGUCAGAUUAACUCCAACUCCGUCCUUGUUGCCCUUCUCGAUUCCCAUUACACAGAGCUUGCCGAGCUCGUUGAAAAAGCUCUGCUAUUGCAGACCCUUGAAGAAGCCGUCGGCAACCACAAUAUUACCAUUCUUGCCCCUAGAAAUGAAGCCUUGGAGCAUCAGCUUGACCCGGAAUUCAAGCGUUUCUUGCUGGAGCCUCGUAAUUUGAAAUCCCUCCAGACCCUUCUCAUGUUCCACAUUAUUCCCAAGCGUAUCGGCUUCAACGGCUGGCCCAAUUCCGGGUUGGUUCGCCACCGCACUCUCUGGAACGACCACGUGCAUUUCACAACCAAGGAGGAUUCCGGCAAGAAAGCCGUCGAUUCCUCCGAGGUUGUCCGACCCGAAGACGUUGUCCGACCCGACGGUGUCAUCCACGGGAUUGAAAGGCUCCUAAUCCCUCGCUCCGUUCAAGAGGAUUUCAACCGGAGAAGGAAUCUGCGUUCGAUUUCAGCCGUUUUACCCGAAGGAGCACCGGAGGUGGAUCCAAGAACCCACCGAUUGAAGAAACCGGCUGCACCGGUUCCGGCUGGAGCUCCACCGGUGCUACCGAUCUACGACGCCAUGGCACCGGGUCCUUCUCUUGCUCCGGCUCCGGCUCCGGGACCCGGAGGUCCGCACCACAAGUUCGACGGUAUGUCACAGGUCAAGGACUUUAUCCAUACAUUAUUGCAUUACGGCGGUUACAACGAAAUGGCCGAUAUUCUCGUGAACUUGACGUCUUUGGCCACCGAGAUGGGUCGGUUGGUAUCGGAGGGUUACGUUUUGACGGUUUUGGCCCCAAACGACGAAGCCAUGGCUAAGCUGACGACUGACCAGCUGAGCGAGCCUGGUGCGCCGGAACAGAUAGUUUACUACCACAUCAUACCGGAGUAUCAGACUGAGGAAAGUAUGUACAAUGCCGUGAGAAGGUUCGGGAAGGUUCGGUACGACACUCUGAGAUUGCCGCAUAAGGUUUUGGCCGAAGAGUCUGAUGGAUCGGUCAAAUUCGGACAAGGUGAUGGGUCGGCUUAUCUAUUCGACCCGGAUAUUUAUACCGAUGGAAGAAUUUCAGUACAAGGCAUUGAUGGGGUUCUUUUCCCUCCGGAGGAGGAACAGAAAUCGGAAAAGAAAGCUCCUCCGCUUGUAAAGGUCACUGCAAAGCCCCGGAGAGGGAAGUUGAUGGAAGUAGCUUGCAGUAUGCUUGGAGUUUUGGGAACAGAUUCUUAUUUCUCUACAUGUCAAUGAAGAUAUAAUGCUCUCUCAAUUGAAAAACCAAAUAGAGAAAAAAAAAAAAGAAAGAAAUUAUAUCUUAUAAACAAAAGUGAUAAAUGGUAAAUACAGUUUUUGCCCCUUUUUUUUGUGUCAUUUUGUACAUGUAAUCAAUAAAGAUGAUCUUUGUGACUAAAGAAAUAGUUUUUGCGAUAUGCAGUGUAGCAAAAUGGAUGAAUAUACAAGCCAUCGAGAGAGCAUUUUCUUUGUAGAAUUUCUUCACAAAAUCCCACAGAAAAAGAGAAAAAAUUUCACUGUUUGUUUUUAUUUUUGGCUAUAAAUACUGUAAUUACAUACCAAUUUUUUUUAAUUAUUUUUAUGUUUGAUUCACUGUGUAUGCUUCAUUUCUCUUGAAACAAAAAAAUCUCUCUUCUGAAUAUCAUAGGUUGCCUUCUUUUGGUGAUUUGUUGCA